AUGCAUGUGCUAAAAAUUUAUUUUAUUGUCUUAGUUAGUGCAAUAUUAAUAGAAUUAAUUAAUUGUAAAUCGAUGAAACGAUCAAAAUGCAAAUGGAUGAAAAAAUCAGUAACGGCAAUUUCAAAGAAAAAAUCUGAUUCAAUGAAACGAAAAUGUGUAUUUAGAAAAGGCGAGAAAAAUACAACAACAAAUUUGGAAAUGAGAAAUGCACUCAAAAUGGGUAUAAAAAGUGCGCUCAAAAUGGAUCAGGCAAGAUCAGCACAAGGAUCAAUGUUUCUUGUUCAUCAACAACCGGAUAUUUUAAAUAAUACCGGAGAGGAUGGAUUAUUUCCAAUUAGAGAUGAAUGGUUGGAUAUAGCAAAUCGAAUUGAUGAUCAUCCAUCUGCCGAAGAAAUGGCAUAUAAUUCAGCUAGUCAAAUGGCAUAUUUAAUUCGUGAACGACAAAAUGAUGAAAGUUGUAAAUCAUCCGUUGCUGCAUGUGAUGCUUAUACAUCGAUGUGGCCACAAAUUGAUGGCCUUUGUGACUUAUUUUUUGUAAAAUGUUUGGUUGAAGUAGCUGGUAUGAUUUGUCGUAAUUAUACUGAAAAAGAUAUUUUCAAAUAUGCGCCAGAUUUAUGUGAUAAUAUAUCUGAUUUUUGUACUCAAAAUCGAGAAGCAACAAUUUCAUUCUGCUGGGCGUAUCUUUAUCAUCGAUAUGGAGAAAUUUCAAUGAAUCCGCAGCCACCAAAAACAGGAUUUAACAAAUUUAUAGAAAGUUUCAUUUAA